AUGGGUUACCGGAAGGGAGUUAUUGUAAAGUCGAGUUGGAGCAACACGACUCCGACGGAGAGGAGAAAGCGAGGUCGGCCAGACCAAUCUCGUCCUGCGCCACCAAAUCCGUGGAGGGCAGCGACCCACAACGGAAGCAGUCCGCAGGAAACCACGCAUGUGUCACCGACGGUUUUCGGCGCCCCCAACUCGCCGGGAACGUUUCCACCAGUGCGAUCCAACGUAAGGUAUGGACACAUUGCGGAUGGUAGCGGCAGAAGUCGCCAAGUGGAGACGGAGAAGGAAAAGAAGCUGGCGCCGACCCAUUCAACGGAGCAGCCCAGCAAAGACAACGAAAAAAUAAAGCAUAUGGUGGAUACAGAGAAAGCCAAAGUAGCCGACCAACGGCCACCCACAGCGGAAGGUGGCUGUAGUCACGCCUCUCUGCAGGAGCUGUUGCGGCGCAUUAUUGCACUUGAGUUUUCUGGCCGGUGCACGCAGCGUUCCAUGGCGGUGUUGGAGACAAUUUGCGAUACACUCUGCCAGAGUCCGAUGGCCGUGGUGAAGGUGAUGGAAGUUCUUGAUGAGUGCUUUGCGGAGGCUGUCAACAUGAGACAGCAACAACAGCUCUUGAAUUACUGGUACAUAGUCGAUGCCGUGAUGAAACUGUUCCGCGACCGGCCCUCCAUGCUAAACGCAGUUGUUGUUGCCCUACCGCAUCUCCUCCUUCAAUACGUGCCCUGGAAAAAAAGUAGGCUUGCGGAAGAACCAUGGGUGCAGCGUGAAAGCGAUGGGCACCGCUACGAACAGUUGUUCCUCACCUGGGGCCGCGCCGUGCCAAAGCCGCUCCUUGAUGAAAUUUGGUCCUUGUGGAAAAACGGCGCUCCACAAACAGAGACAAAUUCCCUUAAUAAGCCAUAG